CAUUCCCAUAGUGCUCCACGAUAGCUGCUAUGGAGGCCGGCAUGACAGCGGUCCUCCGCGUGAAGCGGAAACGCAGUGCGGAACCCGUUGAGGCACUUGUCCUUGCCUGUAAACGCCUCUGCUCCAGCGCAGUUGAGUCGGGAGCCCAAAAGACGCCUCCGGAGGAUCUGGAGAGAGCAGCAGAAAAUAAUGUCUUCCAGUUGGUGGCCACCGUGCGCUCCCAGGAGGAGCCAGUACAGCCGCUUGUGCGAGCCGCCCUGCGCCCGUCCCAGGGCAGCCAGCAGCGUAUCCGCCGUCAUCUCCGUGCGUCGGCUCGGGAGAUCCGGCAGAACGGCCGCUACAGGGUAGUCUCUAGCCGCCGAUCCUCGGGAAUUCCUUCGGGCGGCUUGGGGUCCGAGGACGCGCCGGGAAGCCCAGAAGCCGCCGAGGACGCAGGCUUCCAGCUGUUGGACCUGGUCCACGAGGAAGGAGACCCAGAGGCCGCCGCGAUCUCCUGCAAAACAUCUGACCCAGAUGUGAUCCUCUGCAAUUCUGUAGAGUUGAUCCGUGAGCGGUUGACUUUAUCUGAAGAUGGACCAAGAGUUGGGUACCAGGAGGAACAGAAGGACAACUAUGUGUAUGACAUUUACUAUUUGGACAUGGCCACUCCAGGAUGGAUUGAGAACAUCCUCUCUGUGCAGCCCUAUAGCCAAGAGUGGGAGUUGGUGAAUGAUGACCAACAACCAGAGGACAUUUAUGAAGAUGAAGAUGAUGAGAACAGUGAGAAUAAUUGGCGCAAUGAGUACCCAGAGGAGGAGAACAGUAACGGAGAUGAAGAUUCCAGAGUCUCUGAUGAUUACAACAGCCUCAGUGAAGAAGAAGGAGACAACAGAGGACCACAGAUGUGGAGCAAAUACCCUUUGGAUGUGCAGAAAGAAUUUGGCUAUGACAGCCCCCAUGACCUGGAUUCAGACUAAUGAUCCUGUGAUAUCCAUGAGGUUCUACCACAAGCCCCUGAGGGUUCUGUGACUGCAGUGUCAGCCACACUAGUUAACAUCCUCUUGGGUUUCCUAGCUUAACACGUGGAAGGAAAAAGCAUAUCCAACAGCACCAUUCCACCAUGGUGAAAACUUGCACUAAGGGAGUCCGUCUUUUCUACUAUCUGUAGGGCCCCCCUUCGUCUCAAUCAAAACUGACCUUAGAGUCUGGGGGCGGGGGAGAUGCUGUGAAAGUGAAGCUUCCUGGCCCAGACAUUUUACCUGCAUUCCCAUUCUCCUCCUACACCAAAGCCAAUUAAGGGGAAGAGAGUCUCCCGUUUUGUCAGCACUAAGACUGGGCUUUCCCAGGCCACCUGCCUCCAGUAAAAGGCUGUUUCUUUUGAUAGAGAGAGUCUAGAAGGGCUGCAGUGGGUCCCUUGUAGUGGCACAGACUGGAUAGUAAUGGCCAUUAGGAAAGAAAGUAGAAUCUGCCUGAGCCAUGAGAGAUUUUAGUUAAAAGCUAAGAGCUCCCUGCUUCCUGACUCUGAUAAUGGCUGUAAAGAUUGCUAGUUUCCUCUGGCAGUGGUGCCAAGGAACAGGGUAUGUAUGAAUCUCUUUAAUAAAAACUAACUUUGAACAAGAGAGCAAGUAAUUCCUUUAAAACGUUUUUAAAUCUGACUAUCUUAUAUGCUUUCCCACCAUACUCCCUGAUCCCUUUACCCCCCCACCAAAAAGGGGGAGGGGUUGGUGAGAAGUUUCAGACACUAAGAACUUAAGGCAAGUGAGGAAAAGCAAAGCACAUCCUAAACUUGGCUUUCCACUGAGAAAUGUUUAACUAGACACAGCACUCACCAAAAACAAACUACAGUCAACAGGACCAAUUUUUUUUUACCAAAAUUGGUAUCUCUUGUAAGCACACUCUCUUUCCCUAUUCCUUUCCAAACCACAAAUGCCUUAACUCUGACUGAGUUAGCAUUUAUUCUGCAGUGACGAAUAGGUUCUAUAUCUGCACUGUGCAAUAGUAGCCAUUAGCCACAUAUGGCUGUUGAGCACUUGAAAUGUGAUUAGUGCAACUGAAUUUUUAAAUUUUAUUUAACUUAACUAGCUACAUGUAGCUAGUAGCUACCAUACUGGACUGCACAGGUCUAGGGAAACAGUAUACAGAAACUUUGAUUCAAGGUGUGCCCUCUUGCCCUGUGGCACAGACUUAUUAUCACAUGGGAAGAUAAAUUACACAAGGAAAUGUCUUCUUCCUGCCAAUUCUAAGAUUCCAUAAGCAUCUCUACUUUUCUACCCUACCUGCACCCAUUUCACUUUCUAUUUUUUGUACAUCUUUAUCUUCUUAUCUACAAGUUGUUAAACCCCCCAAAGU